AAGGCUUGUGUCACAGUACUUUCUGGCAUGAAAUCGGAGGAUUGUAUUGUAACCGAUGGUUGUUCGCUUCGUUUUAAGUAUCAUAUGAUUUUAAUUUCUCGUGACCAUGGCUAAACGGAGGCAAGACAUUAUUGCAUCAUUCAUCUGUUUGUAUAUUUGUUGUUCCAUUAUUUAUUACAUUUCUACACUAAUAAUUUUGUGGCCACUACAAAACAACAGUCACCUACUUACUGGGCCAAAUGAAGCAAUGGAGUUUUCUUUUCAUCAUCGGAGACUUCUCAGUAGCCACACAUUACAUAAAUCAAAUGUAAGCAGACAUUCAAAAAAUUCAAAUUGUACGCCUCCUGAUAUUGAACAGUUUCCACGUCCAAUGAUGGAUUAUACAACACGGCGUAAUGGAGGACUAAUUCUUCAUAUUUUUGUGUCCUUAUAUAUGUUCUUGGGUCUUGCUAUUCUUUGUGAUGAAUAUUUUGUGCCUUCUCUUGAGAAAAUGUGCAAAUUGCUUAAAAUACAGUCAGAUGUUGCUGGUGCAACAUUUAUGGCUGCAGGAAGUUCAGCUCCUGAAUUAGCUACAGCAGUCAUUGCAGUAUUUAUUGCAAAGGAUGACAUUGGCAUCGGCACCGUUGUUGGUUCAGCUGUUUAUAACAUUGCCUUUGUGAUAGGUAUAUGUGGCCUUUUUGCUGGACGUGCUAUUUACCUAAAUUGGUGGCCCAUGUUUAGAGAUUGUGUAUUCUACUUAAUCAGCAUAUUAGCUCUACUUUUUGCCUUACGAGAUGAAAGUGUAACAUGGGUGGAAUCUGUCCUUUUCUUACUUUUGUAUAUAGUGUAUAUAUUGUUUAUGUUUGUUAAUCAACGAGUAGAAGCAUGGAUCACAAGUCUGAAAUGUUUAUCUCGCUUUGGAUGCAAAGUUUCUGAGCCUGUUAAUGGAGUAAUGUAUCAUCCUCUUCCAGAUAUGACCCAGGGGUUUCUUGAAAAUGGUUUUUGUGACAAACAUUUUAGCUCUAGUAAUUCAGAACUGCAAAGCUUUGAAUCAUCCCUGCCUGUUACUGAGGAGGAAGAAAGUAAUAUAUUCUCACCUCCCGCAGGAACCUGCCGUAAAAUUCUGUGGGUUUUAUCACUUCCACUGCUCCUGUUUUGUUAUUUCACGGUUCCUGAUUGUCGUAAAAGCAAAUGGGAAAGGUGGUUUUUUGUAACAUUCCUAUCUUCAUGCAUUUGGAUAGGUAUCUUGUCAUAUGUGCUUGUUUGGAUGAUAACUAUUAUUGGUUAUACUCUGCACAUAAGAGACACCAUCAUGGGAUUGACAUUCUUAGCAGCUGGUGCAAGCAUUCCAGAUGCAAUAUCUAGUCUUCUUGUUGUCCGUGAUGGAUUUGGUGAUAUGGCAGUUUCAAAUGCGGUAGGAAGCAAUGUUUUUGAUAUUUUAUUGUGUCUAGGCCUGCCAUGGUUUCUACAGACUGCUGUUGCUGAACCUGGUUCUAAAAUACCUGUAAGAAGUAGAGGUCUAACUUACUCAACACUAACUUUAUUGCUGACUGUAGUAUUUCUGCUUUUGGCUACUCAUUUGAAUCAGUGGAAACUUGAUAAAAAAUAUGGAGCUGUUCUUCUUGCAUGGUAUGGUCUCUUUAUGGUUGUUGCUACAAUGUAUGAAAGUAAUCUUUUUGGAAAUUUCAGCUUACCUACAUGUCCAAGUGAUUUUUAAGCAAGCCAUGCAUCGUUUGCCUUUUGAAAAGAUCCAAGAGUAUUUUAAGCAAAUUAUACUUUGCUUGUCUUUUGAAAAAUUUUACUAUUUACUUAGGUUAUAACUGAAAACCUUUUGCCUGAUAUUUGAGCUCAAUUAUAAGCACAUAAACUGUGCCUUACAUAGGAGUGCUUUGUUGAAAAUUGUUUGUUACCUCCCAUUUUGUAUAUUUCUUUUUAAAUAAUGAAAGCUAUUUACUGUGAUUGCUGGACAUGUGUCAGAGAUUGACAAGUAUUAAUGUGCAAUUUGUAAGAUUAAAUAAAUAAUUGCAAUAUCUAAGUAAUUUAAAUUUUAUUUAAUCCUUAACCACUGUAAAUAAUAGUCUCAUAGAUCACAGUUUUCCCUACUUGGUUGAAAUUUUAUGGUAAUGAAUUUAUUUAUCAAAGUUUGUUUUAACAUAACUCACAUUAUUAUUAAGAAUGUUUAAGUAAUGAACUGCCAGAUUGAAUUUUCUGUUAAAAUAAAAUUAGUUUGCAUCUGAAUUUAUGUACUCAGCCCACAUUUGGGCUGAAAUGAAGUAUUAUUCUGAUUAUAGCGAUUAAGGAUUAAAAUUAUGCAAAAAAAAAAAAAAAAAAAAAAAAAAAAAAAAAAUCAUUGAAACCAUAUUAAAAAAACGUGAUUGUGUAAGUUUUAUAAUGACUGUAAAAGUAUUAUCUAAAUAUUGCUCAUUGAAAAAACCCCUGUGAGGGAAUAUCUAAAUGUUGCUGUACAUGUUUCGAAAAAUUGUUUAAUCUUUCUUUUGUAUUUUUUACAUUAUUAGGUUUUGAAUUUAUGAAUUAAAAAAUGGUCACUUUUAAUGUAUUUUGUUAUUUAUAAUGUUUUUAAAGCAUUCCAUGACAUAUGAUUUUUAUAAUACUUGUUUUUGAAUAGUGAACUAUAGUUUUUUUACAUUUUAAAACAAAUGCGUACAAGUUUUGAUUGCUCACAAAAAGAAUGUGAGAACAAUUACUGUUUGGUUCGUAUGCUUCCUGGAGACUUAACAGAACACUAGCAUAGGAAUAGGUUAUUUGUGCAGUAGAUUUUAGCAAAAUGUUUGUUAUUAAGAUAUAUAUAUUAACAUAUUAAUAAUUUUUUUUUUUUUUUUUUUUGCUAAAAUAUUUUUCCUCCUUGCUAAGCUCUUUGACAACAACAAAAUAAAUCCAAAACAAAUCAUUUGGUCAGUCUAAAAAGGACAAUGAUAACAGAUGAAUGCAAAUGAAUAGAUUGAUGAUUGUAUUUGGAAACUGCAAAAUCAGAAGAAGUCUGCAUACUGUACUGUCAGUCGUCUUUGGGCACUAGUGGUUAGCUGUUUCAGUUUAUGGAUAACAUGCUAAUUGGAUGGACACUUCAUUAUUCUGUGAGGAAAAAUAGAUGAAUCCCUUAAUGUGCUACAAGUCCUUUAUUAAGGAAAAAAUCAGGUGAUUAAACUAGCAAUAAGAUGCUACUUUAUUAAAGUUAGCACUCUUUGGCUUGAUAUUUUCUGGGUAAAAUAUAACAUGUAAAUAUGAUAAGAGUUGUUAUAAAAUCGAUGCUAAAGUCUCAUAAACUUGCUGUGAUACCAUUAUUUAAGCCAUCAUGGAAAAUGUCUCCUUAGACAGACAGUCCUGUUGUAGGAGAUGGUUUCCAAAAUAAUGGGGGCUGGCACAUCUGUAAGCAAGUAUGAUUAAGCUAUGGACUUACUAUCUGUGAUUUUUUUUUUCUUUGCCAAAGACUGUGCAAGUAGCAAAGCACUAUUUAUUUUUAUCAAAACAGCAUAAGCAAGCAGUGCUAAUGAUGCUAGUUACUUAUUAAGAAACAGAAUGGCCUAUAAGAAUGAAGUAUACUUCCUCGAGUUGCUUGGAAGAUGUAUUUAUGUCUAGAGAUGACAUCCUAUAUCCAUUGAUGAUGAUUGAUGUUGGCCAUGUGAUUAUUUUGCUCUCACUUUGUCUUCUGAAGCUCCUCUAGUCAUCCUUGUUAAUUUGUAUUGCUGAACUGUGCCUUCCAUCGCCCACUAGCAGCAACAUGUCAACUAAAUCAGAUAGCCUCUUUCAAGCCCAUUAUCAGUAUAGCUUAGCUGUUGAUAUUCUGCAUAAUUGUAUAAUUGAUAUAGUCUUACAAGCCACUGGGUUUUACUGGAAUGUACUUUCAUGGCAUCAGACUUCUUUUUGCAUCAGAGUUUAUAUAUCAAACUUCAACGUGCUUUCUGUAAACAAUAAUAGGCUGCUUUUCAAUUAAUGAGCUUGAUGGUUUUUAAAUUAGACAUGGUAAAGUGUCAAAAGUAAGUUAAAUAAAUCUAACAUUUAAACAGCAUUUGUGUGAGAUUGACAGAAUUCAUAAUGUGAAAUAUAAUUAUAGGAUAUAAUUUAAUCAGAACAUGUUUAACAUUAAUUUAAAUAAACUAUUGAUUAAGUUUUAUAAUCUUAUAUUAUUUAAACCUGUAAUAAUCUUAUUCGUAGAUCAUUCAGAAGAUGUAAAAUAUUGUUGUGUCAUUCAAAAUAAAGCUAUUGUAAAGUUCCUAGCUACUGUGCAGUUCACACAUUACCAUCUAGAUUUUCUUCACUUAAUGAGUGUAAAAUACUGUUACAACUAAUGGAACUAGUGACCAAAUUUGAAUGUAGAACUCUGAUUUUGCUUAUAUAUGAAUAAUAUUAUAUUAUAAUAGACUUGAGCUAAAAUUUAAAAUUUAAAACAAUUAAAAGAGCAAUAACUUAACAAUUUUUUAUAGUUAUAAGUUUUAUUCUUCCAAAGAAUAAAAAAAAUAACGGGCACACCGAUUAAAGACAUUUUUUUAGCUGUAUUAAUUAGUAGUUGCUAUUGGUUCUGUUUGUAUUGUAAAAAAUAUCAAUGUUAAGUUUUUUUUGGUAAUAUUUUAACAGAAUGAAAGAUUUGCAUUAUUUGUUUGAAAUGUACUAUAUGUGUGUAAUCCAAAUUUAAAUCGAAUUAGUUAGUAAUUUAAAAAGUUUCAUUAGGCAUUCAAAUUUAAUUAUUUUAAUUUUAUUGCUCUGAAUGCUAUGUUAAAAAUUUUGUGUACCGAGUAUUACAUGGUUUAAUUU